GGUAUUUUCCUUCCCACAAUCCAAGCGUGCCUCAGUUCUAUCUCGCAUCCGUGAAAUUGUCUCCUCUCCUGAUUUCACCCUUUCUUCUGUCGCGCCAAUUAUCACCUCCUGCGCUACCGCUCUCCAAGCAGCAGAGUUCUCCAACCUCAUCCAAAACCCAAUAUCGAAGAUCACAUGGCGUUGUAUUGGACGAUUGUAAACAACCGGCGAGAAGCCCUUUGGGAGUUUACUAAAUUCAUUUCCAAAUUCUCGCCUGCUUGCUCUUCCGACUUGCGUCUUGCGUGCAUGAUAGUCAAUGACCACGAUUUGUUUAUGCAGCUGAAAUUGGGGGACAAUGUUGAUCCCGAGGGUGGGUCUUUGAGACACAUGUUGAGUUGUCCGCGAGAUGAGAUCAAUGUGUCACGGCAUGGAUCCAGCGAAGUGAAUUGUCCGUCAGAUGAUCUUCAAGUCCAUGAAGGGCAUGGCAUGGGCGAAAACUAUUUCUUUGCUCGUUUUGUCUUCAGGAUGUUCCAGAAAUGCCUGCGUAUUAGACAGAAAUUGGCAGUAGAAUUUGUUGCCCAGGGACAUAUAUGGGUGUUGUGCUUUUGUAUGGGGUCGAAAGGAAGUUGGUGUGUUCAGUAUGGUCUUUCGGAACCUAGUUUGCCAGUGUAUCCCAACACCAAACUUGCAAUUCAGGCUCACAGCAAGCCUCCUUGCUCAAGCUGUGCAACCCAGAGACCCUUACUUUUAGACUUAACAUAUUUGGGUGAACCAAUGGUACCUGAGGGAUUAUUGCACCACUACAAAGGUAUUGAACCAAAAAAGAGCUUAAUUGCAGUUGAACAACAGUUGGAUGAUUGGCUAAUGAAUGAUGAUCCUCCUUAUGUAGACUGUGAUGGCACCCUAAUUGCAGGGCUUACGGUGACAAUGAAAUGACACUACCCUGGUCAGCUGCAACACUUAUCAAAAGCUAUUGAAUAUUGGUGGUAGCA